GUCCGCGCCUGAGCGCUAAAUACCCGGAUGCGCCGGCUGCUGCCUAGAGAGCCAGACACAGAGCAAGAGGCAGAGCGGCAGCUUACCGGGGCUGGCAGAAGCUGUGGGGGAUUGAGCCCUAGAGGAGGGGAAGGGAGGCAAGCCGGGGCUGGGCUGUCGGACAAAGCACCCCAGAGAGGCUGACCGUGGCCGCUUGCCCGGAGAAGAAGUUUGUCAAGUAGACAGGCCUUAGCCAGAAAGCUCCUUAAGUUUCCGAGGGGGGCAUUCGCUGGGAAGACUGCCCUGACCACACCCUGCCCCAAGCAACCUUACGGGGGCGAUAUCUACUUGUGCCUGCCCGUGUGUUUUUUUUUAAAAAAAAACUGCAAGGAGACUUGAGAAAAAGUUUUUUUGGUUUCAUCACCAGGAUCCUUUGUAACAACAAGGCUGCUGGAAAGGAGUCCCACGUGCUGUUCAGUAGUGGUCCAAAAGCCAGGUGGCUUAGACAACAGGCUUCUCUUUUUGAAAGGGAACUGCAAAACCAAGGAUGACUGAAAACUCUGCUGCAGCACCUCCUGCCAAGCCCAAGCGAGCCAAGGCGGUCAAGAAGUCGACAGACCAUCCCAAGUACUCUGACAUGAUAGUAGCCGCCAUUCAGGCUGAAAAGAGCCGGGCCGGCUCCUCACGCCAAUCCAUCCAGAAAUACAUCAAGAGUCACUACAAAGUGGGGGAGAAUGCUGACUCCCAAAUCAAACUGGCCAUCAAGAGGUUGGUGACGACAGGUGUCCUCAAGCAAACGAAAGGGGUUGGUGCUUCAGGUUCCUUCCGCCUAGCCAAGGGUGAUGAGCCCAAGAAAGCUCCAAUCAAGAAGGCCAAAAAGGAAGCCAAGAAGGCUACAACGCCCAAAAAAGCAGCUAAGCCCAAGAAGGCGGCUGCCAAGUCACCAGCCAAGAAGCCCAAACCUGCCGCAAAAAAGGCCAAAAAGAAGCCGGCGCCUCCUCCAAAGAAAGCCAAGAAGCCAAAGACUGUCAAGGCCAAGCCAGUGAAGGCGUCAAAGCCUAAAAAGGCAAAAGCAUCAAAACCCAAAGCAAAGUCUAGUGCAAAGAAGUCGGCCAAGAAAAAGUAAAGUGCAAGCUUGGGACCUUCUUUCUUGGACAUUCUUCUUGACUUCUACUCUGUAAAUAGAUUUCUCCUUUGUUCUCUACUCCUUUCUAUUGCAGCUUUAUAAAAGACUGAACUAUUCUUGUCCUAUAAUACUUUCAAACAAUUACUUAAAAAAAAACAUCAGUAUGAAAAUCUCCCUGUUUUGGUUUGGAUUCCCCCCCCCAACUGUAAUUUUAAAAAUAGAUUUGUGUUUUCAUCGGGGGAGGGCUUAAAGAUAUGCAAUAUUUGUUUGUGUUUUGAGCAUGAGGAAAGACCAGAUCAGAUAAGAAUUUUAGAAAUAUUUUACUUAAGAAAGGAACUUGCAUUGGAUGACUCUAUAUUAGCCAAGGACCUUAAAUGAUGGGAUUAAGAAACACAACCAUAGUGGAAGUUACCUGUGACUGAAUAGUGUAACUUGAUUUUUUUAAACACAACUUCAGAUUUCAUGGUGGAUAAGAUUCUAGCAUAACUGAAUGCAUGUCGGAUGGUGUGUAUCUUUCUAGCCUUGGUGAGAGCUGGAUGUAUUUAAAUUGAUAAGCUUUUCACUGACUGCUUUCAGGGGAGGGUUGUGUGCUGUUAUUUGGGGUGGGUGGGGACAGGAAAUUAAAACGGAAUCAGUGAACCCCCCCCCAAUUUAGAAUCUUUGUAGGUAGACAACACUUAAGUGGGGAUAAAGAUUUAAUUGCCUGUCUCCUUCCCAAAAAAAUAAGCCUGGCCACUAUCUUGGUCCUAACAACUUCAAGGGGAAGGUAUUACAAAAACUCCUUACUUCCCAACCCUGCAGUGCCUGCCUUCUUAUCCACAGCUUUUUGUGUUUAAAGUUUUGUGUCUACAGUACAAUCUUAAUUUUUUGAAUUGUGAAUCAUGAAUGGGGGAGGGAGGGAGGAACAGGAAGGAAUAUAGAGGCUGAUAGACAGGUAGCCAAUAUUGAAUCUAUUGAGGUAGCUUUAUAAAGCUGUGUACUAUUGCUUAGGUUUGGGGUUGUUUUUUCCCAUGGGGGGAAUGGAAAGGAUAAUUUUCAGUACUCCAAUUGAAGGAAAAAAAAGGUAUGCUUGUUUAAACAGAGGAAAAUUCUCAUAGGAUUGAAACCUGAUUGUCCAUUUUAUUUUGUAUGUGUAACUUUUGUGCAAGAAGGAUUUAGCUGUCUUUGUAAUUUUAGAGUUAAAAAUAAAAUGUAAACAGUAUAA